AUGACACGAGAAGUGCAAAGGAACAAGUCAUUUCAAUCGUCGAGUCCUCCAGAGGAAGAAGAGUCUUCUUGGUCACCACCUUCACCGCCAAGAGCAAACCGUAUACGGCCAUGCACGCAUUACCAAAGACCCAUGCUCAGUUUCAAUGAACGAUUACGACGAGCACAAGAAUCAUCACCCAUUAUCCAAACGAGUAGUUUAUCUAUCAGUGACGGUGACGAUGAUGAUGAUGAUGAUGAUAACAGCUUCAUAUUCAAUGCCGAUCCUUUCUUUGACACCAAUUUGAGUUUACCACCGCUACGACUUGAAUCACCUUCACCUCCGCCUUCUCCAUCACCAUCAUCAUCAUCCCAUUCUACAACCAAUGAUAAUAAUCAUCGUCGACGACGACAACAACAACAACCAGCCAAAUGUCCUGGCAGAGAAAAACCAUCAUGGAUGGAUAUGGAACCACAGCGUAGUCGAUCAUCUCGAGGCAAAAAGAAGAAAAAGGAAAGGCAAUCAUCAUCCAGCAAAUCGACAAAGCCAUCCUCGUCUUCCUCCACAGCACCUACAAAACCUUCCAAAGGAACCAAAUCCAUAUCGGCACCGUCAUCAUCAUCAACAUCAACAUCUACUGCUACAACAACUAUUCCUACUACUAUUACAAAGCAAAAACAGAGACCGCUGUCAGCUACCAUUAUACCCGCUUCUACUACGAACAAUGAUACAUGGGCCGAUAAGAGUCGAUUACGUCCACGCACUAGCUCAUCAUUAUCAUCAUCACCUCUCGCUAAACAUGGACAACCAUCGCACAAUCAGACGAGUCAUAAACCGCGCACCAUCAAAGCAGGCCAUUGCUAG